AUGGCAUUGGAAGCUGCUGUGUGCUAUGCAGCCGCCAUCUCUUCGACAGAUAUUCAAUGCAAGGCCCUCUUCGGCAUGAGCAAAGCUAGCAUGGUAUUGACACAUCGCAAGAUUUGUGAGAAUGCAAUUGAGCGGGCCGGCUUAUUAACGACGCGAGACAGAAUUGUUCUUCAGGCAUUUGUCCUAUAUCUUAUAGGCCGAAGAUCAGAAGAGAAGGGCACAGCUGUGUGGACUCUGGUGGCACUAGCCGUAAGGCUCACGAUGGCAAUGGGCCUAAAUCGAGAACCCGACGGAUUGGCCCAAUCUGCUGAAACUUUUUUCGAUCAGCAAAUGAGGCUUCGGUUGUGGCUGACCAUCUGCCUCCUCGACCUACAGGCUUCUUUUGCGCAAUCCACGAAACCCUUGAUCAGUUACAUGGAUGCUGAAGCUGCCGUGUGCAAAGUUCGACACAUAAAUGAUGACGACUUUGAGUCUUCUACCAUUAACGAAGUGCCUGACCGAGAAGAACUUACCGACACAACCUUUGCUCUUGUAACAUACCGGGCACAGGUCGCGGGGCGCUUGCUGAAUUUCGCGGGAUCAGAGCCUGGUGUUGGCAGCACCGCAAGUCGCUCCCCUCCCUCCUCUGACGCUUUCCCAAGUCGGGAACAACGAAGGCACUGUGUCAGUCAGUUUCAGCAACAGUCUCUGGCGCUUGUUCAUUUUUGUGAUCCAGAAAGCUCCCCAGCUGCUGCCCUUCCAGUAUACCUCAAGCUCCCGGAGCCUACCAUCUCAGCUAUCGCCACGGCCACGAGGUGA